AUGGCUUCUUCUCUACCACACCCAAAGAUUGUCAAGAAACACACCAAGAAGUUCAAGCGUCAUCACUCUGACCGUUACAAGAGAGUUUCUGAGAACUGGAGAAAGCAAAAGGGUAUUGACUCCGUUGUUAGAAGAAGAUUCAGAGGUAACAUCGAUGAACCAAACAUCGGUUACGGUUCUAACAAGAAGACUAAGUUCUUGUCUCCAUCCGGUCACAAGGUCUUCUUGGUCGCUAACAUCAAGGACUUGGAAGUGUUGACUAUGCACACCAAGAGUUACGCCGCUGAAAUUGCUCACAACGUUUCUUCCAAGAACAGAGUUCCUAUCCUAGCUAGAGCUAAGGCUCUAGGUAUCAAGGUCACCAACCCUAAGGGUCGUUUGGCUUUGGAAGCUUAA